AACAGCUACAGGCUACAGUAUACAUAACAAUCGAAAGCACACUGAGUGACCUGAAGUGUUCUGCUCUGAUCAUGAUGGGACCCAGGUCAAGCCAUGUCAUCACACCAGGGCAGAGACAAAGUGACUGCUACAACUGCAGUACAAGACAACACACGUCUUCACAAGCUUAGGCAUCAUUCUUCCUCUUCCUAAAUUAACAAUGUAACUCCACUUUCAUAUGCUCUGCGCCACAUGGGACAGGUCAUCAGACAGACCAAGGCAGAGACUGACUGCUAGGACUACAGGACAAGACAGACCAAGGCAGAGACUGACUGCUAGGACUACAGGACAAGACAGACCAAGGCAGAGACUGACUGUUAUGACUACAGGACAAGACAGACCAAGGCAGAGACUGACUGCUAGGACAACAGGACAAGACAGACCAAGGCAGAGACUGACUGCUAGGACUACAGGACAAGACAGACCAAGGCAGAGACUGACUGUUAUGACUACAGGACAAGACAGACCAAGGCAGAGACUGACUGCUAGGACUACAGGACAAGACAGACCAAGGCAGAGACUGACUGCUAGGACUACAGGACAAGACAGACCAAGGCAGAGACUGACUGUUAUGACUACAGGACUAGACAGACCAAGGCAGAGACUGACUGUUAUGACUACAGGACAAGACAGACCAAGGCAGAGACUGACUGCUAGGACUACAGGACAAGACAGACAAAGGCAGAGACUGACUGUUGUGACUACAGGACUAGACAGACCAAGGCAGAGACUGACAGUUAUGACUACAGGACUAGACAGACCAAGGCAGAGACUGACUGCUAGGACUACAGGACAAGACAGACCAAGGCAGAGACUGACUGUUAUGACUACAGGACAAGACAGACCAAGGCAGAGACUGACUGCUAGGACUACAGGACAAGACAGACCCAUGCAGAGACUGACUGCUAGGACUACAGGACAAGACAGACCAAGACAGAGAUUGACUGUUAAGACUACAGGACAAGACAGACCAAGGCAGAGACUGACUGCUAGGACUACAGGACAAGACAGACCAAGGCAGAGACUGACUGCUAGGACUACAGGACAAGACAGACCAAGGCAGAGACUGACUGCUAGGACUACAGGACAAGACAGACCAAGGCAGAGACUGACUGCUAGAACUACAGGACAAGACAGACCAACGCAGAGACUGACUGCUAGGACAGACCAAGGCAGAGACUGACUGCUAGAACUUCAGGACAAGACAACAUGUACAACAGGAAACAAAUACCGUCUUAAAAAACUGUUCUGUUAUGUUCUGUUCUGUUAUGACUGCAGUCAGACAAAACUGUUCCUAAUUUUCUUCUCUGACUGUCCUUAUUCCUCCUCUCUGACUGUCCUUAUCCCUCCUCUCUGACUGUCCUUAUUCCUCCUCUCUGACUGUCCUUAUUCCUCCUCUCUUACUGUCCUUAUUCCUCCUCUCUGACUGUCCUUAUUCCUCCUCCCUGACUGUCCUUAUUCCUCCUCUCUGACUGUCCUUAUUCCUCCUCUCUGACUGUCCUUAUUCCUCCUCUCUGACUGUCCUUAUUCCUCCUCUCUGACUGUCCUUAUUCCUCCUCUCUGACUGUCCUUAUUCCUCCUCUCUGACUGUCCUUAUUCCUCCUCCCUGACUGUCCUUAUUCCUCCUCUCUGACUGUCCUUAUUCCUCCUCCCUGACUGUCCCUAUUCC